UUGACGAGUUCGUUUAAGCGCUUUUCAUUCAUUCAUUCAUUCAUGAAACGGACAAAGAGCGGAUCAGAAAAGAAACCCAAACACAACAACAACAAAAGAUUUUGUGAAACCGAAAAAGCCCCAAUUGUCGUUAAUGCGGAUUGAAGCUAAUUAAGAAGCAAAACAAGAAAUCCAAAAGUGUUUAAUUGACCGAAAGUGUAAAGUUGAAAACAAUUUACAAAUCAAAUUAAACCCAAAAGCGGUGUUCCUCCAAUGAAAUAGAAUUGUCAUCAAAGAAAAGAAAACAAAAGAGAUAAAUAAAUCAGUGUCUGUGUGUUGUGUGUUUCGUGCAUUUGGAGUUGGCGUAGCCUAUGUGGAUUUUGGAAUUUUUGUAAAUUUGCGUUAAUUUAACCUUCAAAUUGGCUCCCUCGUAUUGCUCCACCAUGUCAUCACACGAAGAAGAUGAUCGUGAUGAUAUCGAUGAGCAGGAAAUCCAUGUGGAUGUCGAUUCGGAUUCGCGUUUGUCAUGCGGCACAGGUUCAGAGGUCGAUAUGGAUGGAGCAAGUUGUUAUGAUGAAUCGGAAGCUCCUCUAAGUGAAUCACAGUCUGAGCAGACCCGUUCCUCAUCCAGUGAAAAUCUGCCCUUCAGCAUAUCACGCCUGCUUUCCAAGCCUUUUGAACAUAACAACAACAAUAACCAGCAUAACAACCACAACAACAUCAACGGCAGCAAUAAGUCCAGCAGUAGCGAACAGGACCUGCAGAACGAACAAGAUUUGGCGGCCUAUAAAUUAGCCACCAGCUUAGCUUCAUCCACAUACGGCGGAGCAACUGCACUUUACACGUAUCCCCAUCUCUACCAUUCGUCAGCGGCGGCGGCAGCUGCCGGUCACGUCUUGAGAGUACCACCCCAACGGACACCACUGACCUGGGCCCUGCCACCACUGCAUCAUGCGGCGUUGGCGCAUCAAGCAGUCAAGGAUAGACUGGCAGCUGCAUUUCCUAUUGCCCGACGUAUUGGCCAUCCCUACCAGAACCGCACACCACCCAAACGGAAAAAGCCACGCACCUCCUUCACUCGCAUUCAGGUGGCUGAAUUGGAGAAGCGGUUUCACAAGCAAAAGUAUUUAGCAUCUGCGGAAAGAGCUGCAUUGGCGCGAGGUCUAAAAAUGACCGAUGCUCAAGUAAAGACAUGGUUUCAAAACAGACGAACCAAGUGGAGACGCCAAACAGCAGAAGAACGCGAAGCUGAGAGACAGGCCGCCAAUCGACUGAUGCUCUCCCUGCAGGCGGAGGCCAUAAGCAAAGGUUUCGCGCCUCCACCAUCCGCGCCCCUAUCGUCACAGUCCGUUAAUGGAGCACCUCUGGCAGCAUUGCAUGGCCUGCAGCCCUGGGCCGAAACGCCGCAUGCUGCAGGUUGUUAAAAACUUAACCAAACGCAUGCAAAACCCCUUAUAUGUUGUGAUAAAUAAACAAACAAACAAAAUUCAUGUAUAUAUUGAAAAAAAAAAAGAAAAACCAGUCGGAAGGUACCACAGCAAUGUGCAACAGACACUUUUCCCCGCGUGGGUGCAGAGAAGAGCAACGCAAUGAAAUCUUGUAGAUUUUUAUUCUAGCAUAGUCCUGUAAAAACACAAAUGACAACUACUAUUAUUAUAACUACUAUGCUAAUUAUUAUAAUUACUUUAGCUAUACAUACACGAGUAAUAAAAAAUCACUUUAUAGUGAAGUGAAGUGCAAAACUGUAAAUAGUAAAUUUAACAAAUUUAAAUUAAAAAAAAAUGAUCGAUUUGAUAAGGCGAGAAUGUCGAAGGAGUCAGCCAAUCCAUUAAGGAACCGACGGAGCGGCAUUCCAUCAAUAGAUAAACGACUCAACGUAUUUUUCAUUUAAUCUCAAAAUAGAACCCCCGCUUCUUAAUGGCAGUGCACCCUAUCUAUCUCUUAUUUUACGUAUUGUACAAAUCAAAUCUCACACCACAAGCCACAGACCACACCGGUAACUGAAUCCGAAAUUUAAUAGAUUGUGUAGAAAAUUAACUAACAAAAUUAACGUUAAUUAGAAGUAAGUCAUUACCACAAUAAUAUAUGAUAAUGCGAUAAGAUAGCCCCUUCCCCCUACCCCCUUUCAACCAAAAAAUGAAAACAAAAUAUGUAACAAAUCUUUGUAAUUUGCUUGUAAUCUUGAAGAGAAAAAACAAAAAAGACGAAAACCACUUGCUUAAAAUUUCAAAAAUAUACAUAGAA